GACCUCCCUCGAGCGACAUCAGGGGCCCCACUGCCUCCGUGAGUUCUUUUGAACACUGGCCUUACUUCCAUUGAUGUAUGAGAACGGCACUGUCGGCAACACGUCCAAAGGCCGAGGACGUGCCGCCGCAACAAUUGCAAAAGCCAAUAGUUAUACUCGAUUGCGAUGAUGACGACCGCCCCAGACAGCCGACGUACGAAGGUACAGAAGCUGUGUACGCUCUAUACCCAUGGCGAAAACCAAUUCGAUGACGAAGUUGUGAUCAAUGAGGAGAAAUUCCCCGAGCUUAAUCUGGUACCUGGGACCCUGGUUCAGAUAUUUGGACUGAAGCAGGGCCCAGCAGUUCGUGACUUCCAGUCCACCGGCACGACACAUUCAAAAGAUGACACGCAAGUCAGACCUGAUAUCUCUGGGUCGAGGAGCGAAUUGAGGAGGGCACGAAGCGAUUCUGUGAAAGUAACCUAUGAUGAGAGCGGAGCGGUGCUUUCGGGAGGCCGAGAGGUCGAUCCCGACAAGACUUACAUAUUCAGAGUGAGGCCCAUGUCAACUGAAUGGAAAAACAAACAUCCCAAUCUGCAGAUAUCAAUUGCUGAAAAGGUAGCCAAAAUCUUUGGUUUCCGUAAUCGCCAACAGGUCGUCCUAACAGAGGCAGACGAGGAACGGGUAGCCGCGUCCCAUGUCGAGAUCACAUUUCGUGAUGAAUAUCUUGCAAGGGCAGACAUGUGGCGCAUGGCCAUCUCCGAGCUCAGUAAUCGUACAGUGUAUCGUGGGCAGAGACUGCUCUUCAUCGGAACCAUCAAAGCUACCGUCAAGAACAUAUACAUCAAUGGGAAGUCCACACAUUCUGGAUAUUUCUCAUCGAUGACUAAGCCCAUCUUCCGCAGUGAGUCAGCGCGAUAUGUGCUCUUCAUCCAAAUGUCCAAAGAGAUGUGGGACUUUGAUGCGGAAGGGGCUGGCGAGAUCAUGUUCAAUAAAGUUGUCCAUGGUUUCUUGCCGGACCUCUUCAAGAGGUGGAUGAAGAUCAAUGCGAGGCACCUGGUAACAAUCAUACUCUUCACACGAAUGUCAUAUGAUGGGAGCACAUUGUUAUAUGAAUCAUCGGAAAUGGGAGAUCCGACGGAAUCAUACAAGCCGUCUCAACCGUUUAGGGACUAUUAUCGCGUAGUCGUCAGCGACAUGGCCAGUGGCGAUUGGAUCAGAAUCCUGUAUCAACUCAAAAAGGAGUUCAGAGCCUUUCUCCGAGAUGUCUCAUUGGUACCAAAACAUGCCAAAGUCACAUCCAGCACUCAGAAGAUCAACACAUCGGCUGACUCACGGGAUGUAAUGGUUGCUGGAAAACCGUGUCCUGCAGCUGAAGGCAAUAUGCUAGAGGCGAUCAACCUUGCUUCCGCGCAGUUUGCAAAAGACUACAUCGAUCGGGACCUAGUGCGCACGGGAAUAUCCGCUGUCGUCAUAACUGCUGGAACAGGCGUGUUUGAGGUUGACUAUAACAUGCUAAAGUUAACUACAGACACCUUGAUAGGCUCCGGCAUUGGCAUUGAUCUGGUGUGUUUGUCGCCCAUGCCACUACAUUCAGUGCCUCUCUUCAAAUAUCGAACUCCUCGAACUGUUGCCGACUUAGCAGCGAGCGGUAGCAAGGAUCCGAAACGAUCGAACAUAAAUGACACUGCUAGUGGGACAGAUGAGAAAUCACACCGUCAGUUCCAGCAUAACCUUGACUCGGUGCUGCGGCAGCCAUCGCUUGUCUCAAAACCUUCGCUUUCCGCUUUGAAACCGCCUCCAGUGGCCGAUACAGAGCAGCAGGAGGAAGAAGACUGGAAGUAUGCGAUGCCGCAUUGGCUUGAUAUCUCAUUCUGGUCUGGACCUUCGGAUGAGAUCGUGGAGUUGGUUCAUUCCCGGCCCGGGAGACCUAUUGGGCAAAAUUCGAAGAACAAGAAGAAGGGCAGUACCUUUGCUUUGAGAUGCCGCAUGUACGAGCUCCAGAUGAUGGGGGUGAUGGAGAAUGAGCUUCAUGGAAUCUCUAUCCCGUACAUGGACGAAGAUCCUAUCUAUCCCUAUCAACUGAAGGAGUAUUACGAAAGUCCUCCGCCCAAAAAGCUGGACAGCAACGAGGUGAAGAAAGGGAGUAUGACAGCUUCCACCCCAACACAUGACAAGGGUUUUAAUGAAAGUCGGGAUCAGCGAAAGAAGGUUUAUCAGGAAUGGAUGGAAAAGUACGACGGUCAGGCAUUUUCCACCAUCUCCGACGUCGUUGCGUUGGCGCCCCCUCCUCGCCUGGAUUCGCCAGAGAAGAAGAGGUCAAUUGCGUACUUGCCCGACGAGAGGUUUCUUUCAAGUUCUUACCGCAGCUUUGCGUCUUCACUCGGCAAGACUGCCCGACCAAGGUUCGAGGCCGGGGGACACUUGCACUCGUUGAUGCGCGAACGAUCACGUGGAUUAGAACAUGGUCUUUCGGGAAGUCCUAAUAUGCCAAAAGAACCUGAAGGUCCCACUGUGCGCGCCGACGUUGUCUAUCGACAGACACAUGCACCUCCAUCGCGAGUGGGCACCCUGCUCCACCACCGAGAUCAGUCCAUACCUUCGACUCCAGACGAGUCUCCCCCGGCUAGCAGAGGAGAUUCCCCCCCGAGAAGCAGCGGACUGCCUCCAUUACCGAUUGCUCCAGCACCCAAGGCCAAACCGGCCGCAAGCAACCGUCCUGGCGGUUGGUUCCUCAGGCAGAUCAGCUUUGGCGGGAGAGGCGCAACCUCCGCGAAAUCAACGGCUAGCAUAGCUCCGAUCGAUUUCACAAUGGGAAAGCCGGAACCGAUUAAAGCCCGUGCUGAUAACAGCCAAAAGGACGCGAUUGCUGCCAAACUGGCCAGCACCCGCACCACGGAAGCUGAGACUCCCUCACAGCCAAUCGCGAUACGAUCAGCUAGUCGUGCUGGAAAUACAUCAUCUGAUCCACCAGCCACGGAAGACAAUACAGGCUCGGUGGAGACUGUGAAAGGCCACCGGCAACCGCGGACCUCUACAUCUUCUCGUGUGGGAUCGGUUACCAAGGACCCAGGUUCAACUUUCCUACUGGCUGGCUCUCGAGCUUUGGCGGAGACAGUGGGCCCAAAACUCGAACUCGCACCAAGUGGAAGAACCAAAGACGCUCCUCGCACUUUGUCACCGACGAAUGCAAUCGCACCGUGGGCUGUUCUGGUUAACCCAUGCAAUCCCCGCAAGAAUUCGCCAAGUGUCGCCAGUCAGUUCCGCCGAUGGCAGCACGUUUUCCCAAAGCGCUUGAAGACAUCAUCCGUGAAGUGGAAGUCAUUGUGCUCGCCCGCGGCAGUACCGUUGACCAACGAGUAUUUUCCUACUGCUGAGCAGUUAGCUACGGAAUAUAACGAAAGCCCAUACAAGAUCGCGCAAAACGACGACGAUGAUCUUCCCGAUUCUGUGAAGUCUAGAGAGACUCUGGUCCGCGAACUCAUCGCAUUUCGACUGUCUCAUGGAUUCCAGAUUAUCGUUGGACCGACAGUGGCUGAAGUCACAGGGAUUCGUGAGGAAGAUAUCUCCAAUAUUCUAGACUCCGACUACAUGACAAAAGAUGGCGAUACCGUCUUUAUGUCAUUGGGGAACACUAUCCAUCAACUGGUCUGUGUAGCUGGCGGGGAGGUGGAAGUAAAACGGUUCACUAGGAAACCCACCACCGCCCUGGAAUCUUCGGCCGGUAUAGAUACGCCUUUCCCCUACAGGCCCUUUAUCCGAACAGCAUUAGAGGACCAUUAUCAGCGUCGUGACGUCGUAUUGCGGCCGCCGCGCAAAGAAUAUAACUGGAACUUCAUUGACACAUUUCUGGCAGGGUAUGAUAACGAAUUCUCAGAUAUACUACGAUUCUGGAGAGCACGAUUCGUGCUGAUACCCGUGGAAAUACCUCCCAUGCAUCGGCGUACGUUGGCGUCUCUCUCCGAGGACUCCGAAGAAGAGAUCCGCCUGGAAGGCAUAAGAAAGCUUACACAGUUAUGGCAAAGAUAUCGCUAUAUCCCUCCAGAGGAGCGUCACUUCCAGGCGACUUCCACGAAGAAACAAAGAGACCCUAACCCGUUGGCAAUCCUGUAUCAUACCAGAGACCCAUCCGCUAUUGUAGCGGCUGCGCAGGACAGUUCCAUUUUGAAUGACCUGGAUAAUGAAUUUCAGACCGCUAUAUUCUCGGAGACGGACAAGUACCAUACGUCGAACAUCGAUCUCAAGCGUCUGGCCGAGGAUCUGCAGGGUGAGAACGGGAUCCCGAUGCUAGACAGACGCUGGCACUGGCGGUUGCAUUACAACUGCUUUCUUGGUUUCGACUUGACAAGCUGGCUACUAUCCAACUUCAGGGACAUAGAAACUCGUGACGAAGCCGUUGAUCUAGGGAAUCAGCUGAUGCAAAAGGGGCUCUUUCAACACGUGCAGAAGCGCCACCAGUUCAGAGACGGCAAUUUCUUCUUCCAGAUUGCGCCCGAGUAUAGAACGCCUCGACCGGAUACCCGUUCGGGAUGGUUCAGCAUGAAAAAGCCAGAACGCUCCGUCCCGUCUACUCCUCUAUCAGAGGGUCCGCGCUCCUCGCCUCUGGGAAACCGAAGUGUCAAAUCGCGCCCUGGCACAACUGACUCCUCCAGCACAUCCGACGCCAUCACUGAAGGGGAGAGGACACCGACACGAACGGACACAGCGAAGCGCAAGGUAUCACUGUCGCGGGUCAUGCGGUACGAUGUGGAUGCCCGAAAACGCUCGUACCGCCCGGAAAUCAUCUCUUUGCACUACGAUCGACUGCAUAAUCCGGAUAACUGCUAUCACAUCAGGAUCGACUGGAUGAAUGUCACGGCAAAGCUCAUCGAGGAUGCUAUCGUAACGUGGGCCACAAGCGUAGAGAAGUACGGCCUCAAGCUUGUUGAAGUCCCCAUUGCAGAGGCGUCAAACAUCACCGAUCAUCAUCCCUUCCGCUCCCCAUAUCACAUCAAGCUCGCCCUUCAACCGCCUCAGAAUGUUUCGGAACGGAAUUGGGAUCCGUCGCACUUGUCACCUCAACCGAAGGUUGACAGAUUCGCACUGCACAAAGCACUUCUGCGCAAGCUCAACUAUGUCCUUGACAUGGAAGCUGCCUCUGCGUUUCCCCCAGACGUCGACGUGACCUACUCUUGGGGGAAACCGGACUACAAAUACACGCAGUUUAUCCACCGCACGGGUACUCUACUGGCGCAGAUCACGGACGAAGGCGACUUUCUUUUACUGGCAAAUCGUCUCGCACACAACCGCGCAAAGGACAACGGCGCAAAGUUUCGCCACGUUACGGAUCCGUACGAGCACAAACGCCCUACGGCAGCCUCCACCACGAAUCCCUCCACGCCUGCCAUCGACAAAGUGAGCAUCAAGAGCCCCUUCGCAAGUCCUCUUGCACGCCCCGUCCAAGACCCCGCUGUUCUUCAGACGAUCCUGCAAGAGCGCUCCUCGUCAGCGGCUAUCACGGCCAGUCUCAAUUCGCUCGGCGUGACUCAAACGCCAGAGCAAAUCAAAGACGAAACCGAAGCGUUUUGCGCAGAUCCCGUGCGUCUGAGGCAGUUCUACGAGGUCGCACUUCAGCAGCAAAAUCGGACUCCCGGACCAAGCCCGCAUCUUGGGCCUGUGUCGGAUGCGAGCAUCCCGAGUCUGGGUCUGCCGCCUGCGAUUAACAUUCGAGAAGCGAAUCCCGCGGCGGGGUCAGGAUGGGCGCUUAUGGGAGGAGGAGGGUUGAUUGCUACGCCGAGGAUUGAGACGGCGAGGGAUUUGGUGAUGGCGAGGAGGCAGGGGAGUGAGGAGGGGAGGAAUGUUGGGGCCAGGAGGGGAGCUGGAGAUGGAGUGGGGACGAAGGGGAGGAGGGAUUCUCAGGGGAGUAGCGAGACGUUCAUGUCGUAGUGCGGUAGGGUGUGUGAGGGGGUGGAGGGGUAAAAGGCGUGGGAGAAAUUUGCGUCGAGUGCUUUCUUGAGAGCGUAGUUACUCGGUAGAUCUAGAUGAUGAUCUAUCUCCCUUUCACAUUCUGUACCAUCAUGUUUCAAAGCGAU